AUGUCGUCACGAACCCUCCCGAUUGCCCCGCUUCCACACUCUCUGGUCCUAUUGCCGGGCGUCACGACUCGAGUGCCACUGCAGAACCGCGCAGACAUCGCAGCGAUCCUAGCACAUAUCUACAGCAAGGCUGCAACACCUCGUCCUGAGGCAUCGAGCGUCACAGUCGGCUGCGUGCCACUCACCAGCCCAUACCUGGCCUCGGACGGCUAUGCGAUCCUCGAGGACAAGAAGAAGGCCAAGGCUGACCAAGAGGAACCACAACAGAUCCAUCCGGCUCAGGCAAGGAAGGCAGACCUCUUCCAAUGUGGCACCAUGGCUCGCGUCACUGGUGUGCAGGGUCGACGACCGGGCGACUUGGCCCUGGUCGUGGAGGGCGUGCAGCGCUUCAAGGUCAAGAAGGUCAUCAGCGAACGGCCAUACUUUGAGGCAGAGGUCAUCCUGCACCAGGAAGAGCGAGUUCGGGAAGACGACGAGAAGACCAGCACGUUGUUCUCCAACCUGAAGCAGCUGUCGAGAGAGCUGAUCGCACUUAUUCGGCUAUCGAGCUUGUUGCCACGAGGGCCACCUAUGAACCUCAGCCCGAUCCUGGCACGACGAUUGGAGCUGUAUAUUGUACGGAAGGACCUGCAAGAGGCAGGUGUACUGGCAGACUUCAUGACGAAUGUGGUUGAUUGUACGCAUGAGGACAAGCUACGGAUACUCUCUGCUCUCGCGCCACAAGAGCGACUCAUCCGCAUCACCGAGAUAUUGAAGAGGCAGAUCGAGACCAUACAGGGCAACAGCCGGAUACUCAGCGUUACGACCACACCGAACGCAUCGCGAGACGCUCUCAUCGAUUUCGGUCGACGGGGUGGUAACGGCCAGAAGCUACCGAAAGGCUUUGGUCUACCACCCGGUCUGGGAGGAGGGCAGAAUGUUGGCGGGCAGGAUGACGAGGUCAACGAGAUCGAGGAACUCAAGAAGAAGCUAGACGAGGCUGGUCUAAGUCCCGAGGCGCAAAAGGUGGCAGAUCGCGAGUUGAAGAGGCUAGCCAAGAUGAACCCAGCACAAGCCGAGCAUCAAGUAUGCAGGAAUUACCUUGAGAAUCUGGCCGAGAUACCCUGGUCGAAGAUGACGGAAGAUGGUUUGGACAGCACAACAAUGGUCAGAGCGCGGAAGCAGCUUGACGACGACCACUAUGGCUUGGACAAGAUCAAGAAGAGGCUAUUGGAGUACUUGGCUGUUCUUAAGCUCAAGCAAUCCGUGAACAUGGAUCUGGACAAGCAGAUCAACGCAAUCACUGCUGCGGCUCGGCCAAAACAGGAACAAGCCAAGGAAGCUACAAUCGAGGGUGAGGAAGACGUCGCGCCAUCGACCGCCCUUGUGAAGAAGGAGAAAGAGGCUGAAGCGCCGAAGGAGAAAUCAGCAGAGGAGAUCAAGUUGCUCAACCACAAGAAGAUGGUGGACAAGUCUCCAAUCCUCCUGCUGGUCGGUCCUCCUGGUGUUGGAAAGACCUCGCUGGCAAAGUCUGUUGCAACAGCUCUUGGCCGACAAUUCCACCGCAUCUCUCUCGGUGGCGUGCGCGAUGAAGCUGAGAUCAGAGGUCAUCGCAGAACAUAUGUCGCAGCCAUGCCUGGUCUCAUCAUCAACGGUCUGAAGAAGGUUGGUGUGUCGAACCCAGUAUUCUUGCUCGAUGAGAUCGACAAGGUUGGAGCAGCCUCGAACCACGGCGACCCAUCCGCCGCAAUGCUGGAGGUGCUUGACCCAGAGCAGAACUCGACAUUCGUGGACCACUACGUGAAUAUUCCCUACGAUUUGAGCAAGGUGCUCUUCAUCGCCACUGCAAACACCCUCGACACCAUCCCACCACCACUUCUCGACCGCAUGGAGACGAUCCAGCUUUCUGGCUACACGACUCUCGAGAAGCGGCACAUCGCCACACGACAUUUGAUCCCUAAGCAGAUCACCACAAAUGGCCUCAAGCCUGAGAACGUCGCCAUGAGUCCCGAGGUCAUCGACCAAGUCAUCACAGGGUACACGCGCGAGUCCGGCGUCCGCAACCUCGAGCGCGAGAUCGGUAGCGUCUGUCGCUCGAAAGCCGUGCAGUAUGCCGAAGCUCGAGAUACCAACACUCUACCCGCGUACACACCUGUGGUCACAGUCGAAGACCUCGAGGACAUCCUGGGCAUCGAGCGCUUUGAGGAGGAGAUCGCCGCUCGCACUUCCCAACCCGGCGUCGUCACAGGCCUUGUGGCCUACAGCUCCGGCACACAAGGCAGCAUCCUCUUCAUCGAAAUCGCCGACAUGCCCGGCUCCGGCCGCGUUCAACUUACCGGCAAGCUCGGCGACGUCCUGAAAGAGAGCGUCGAAGUCGCACUCUCAUGGGUCAAAUCUCACGCCUACGAACUGGCCCUUACCCACGACCCCAACGAAGACAUAAUGAAAUCCCGCUCCAUCCACGUCCACUGCCCCUCCGGCGCAAUCCCCAAAGACGGCCCCUCCGCCGGCCUCGCCCACACAGUCGCCCUCAUCUCCCUCUUCUCCGGCAAACGAGUCCCUCCCACCAUCGCCAUGACGGGUGAAGUCGCGCUCCGCGGGAAGGUCAUGCCAGUCGGCGGGAUCAAGGAGAAGUUGAUUGGCGCUUUGAGAGCGGGUGUUAAGAAAGUUCUACUGCCGCAGCAGAAUCGGAAGGAUGUGAAGGAUCUGCCGGUGGAGGUAUUGGAGGGGUUGGAGAUUGUGCAUGUGAGUCAUAUUUGGGAGGCUCUGCCGCAGAUUUGGCCUGAGAGUGAGUGGCCGGGUCAGAGGGGGUGGAGUGGGUUGGAGAGUAGGUUGUAG